CCCGAUACAAUACUAUCACAAGUUGCUUUUUCUUUUCCAUCCCAUUUGGGAAUGACUUUGAUCAAUGAUUCCAAGCAUUGUCAACCCAGCUGCUUGAAAUGGUUAGAAGAGCGAUUUUGAUGGACUCCGAUAUUGAUCUGAAGAUCUACCUACAUCAAGACUCAACUGUCUGAAAGACGAGCUCCCCAAAGAUUGCUUACUACGAUCAUACUAAGCGACAGAAUACCCCCUAGAGCUGGAGUUGAUAAAGCAAGGAUCACCGCCAGAGAAUGGAUUAUGUUACUCAAUCGAAGCGAGAGAUGCAUCAGAGGAACAGUUGAUACCAGACAAUGUCAGCCCAACUCAGGGGGACUUUAGCAGGUGUGUAGGCAUCAAUUGCUGCAGCGAGUGGCCAUUCACACCCGAGCUCUUAUUUUUACCAAGCUGAUAUGCCGUGGAAGGUUCAGACUGACGUGUUUGCCCGCGAGCUGGAGAUGCAAUUUGGAACAGAUAUACUCCGGAAGCCGUCUCCGAUCAGUGCCCCGUCUUAUGACAACUGGAAUCAUCCAGUCAGAGCUCACACCCGAGAGGUUAGACGGAAUAUAUACUCGGCUGAAUGGGAGAAUUCGUCAACCUAGGCGAAACCGGUUGCAAAGGGCGUCGUGCUCGGUAUACCCGACCAAUGUAGCAUCAGGGUAGGAAUGAGUGGACACCCCAUGCUUUGGGCGGAAUACCUACGCACCGACCUUUGGAGGAUUGCGUCUGGAUGACGCCGUGCUACUACCUUGCUACAAAAGCUGGAAGGAGAAAGGUGAUUUGCUUGGUCGGGGGCAGAGCAGAGAGCACGAAGAGUGCAGCAGGUGGCAGUGAGGGUAAUCAGACUCAGGGCUACCGUGUAGAAUCUAGACCACGAAGUAAUGGGCGCUGCAAGGCGAUAGGAUUAGAG